AUGUUGCAGCUUUCAAUGGAUCGAAGCUUAACACUGCUGCUGUUGCUGGGUCUUUUCGCCAGUCUAGAGGCAGCCCCAUCUCCGCGGAACGAAGAAAGUAAGAGAAGCCAGCCGGAGAAGUUGGUUCGUGUCUACAGCAUCAACGAGGAGCAGUAUAAAAGAGUUCUCCAGCUGACCCAAGGAAAUAAUGUCAUUUCCGAGGGGAGACUAAUCAACGGAGGCUUUGCCACGGUCAGUGACAGCCUCAGCUCCGGCUGGAACUCUCUGCUCCGUAUCGUGGGGCUCACCACGCUGAGCAAGGCCGACGAGGCGUCCAGGGUCGGUUUCGAUGGCCAGCCCCUGUGCGUGAUCAGAACGAGGGAGGACGCUCCCAGAGAGGAGGCCCGCAGCUCUGGCAAGGCCAUUUCAGCCACCGAUGCCGAGGAAGAGGAGGAGUCGGCUAUCGACUGCAUUGUAGUGCUCAAGAAGGAAACUGACUUUGAGCUGCCGACUCAAGAUCCCCACCAGAAUUGGUCAGAGACAGAGCCACAAUCGGCGGUUGCUCUUCCAGUGGAGCACAUUGAGAAAGUGGAGGAACAAAUGGAGUUGGAUAUAACUACCGAAGCACCCCCGAAAUCCAGGUCCACGUCGAAGAAACAGAAAAUUAGCAGUGAAUACACGCCUGACAGGUCCGAAGAUCAAUCCGAAGUGCCCCGCCAAUAUGGGGCUGGUUAUCCAUUACCACCACCACCGCAAUACGGAGCCUAUUCACCUUAUGGUGGUUACCCAUACAGCCCCUACAGCCCUCAGUCUUAUGGUCCGCAGACAUAUGCUCCCUAUGCGCAGUCUCCUUAUCCCCCACAGCUACCCUUUGGCCCGCAGCAACCCUUUGGUCUACAACAACCAUUCGGUGGGCAGUCACCGAUCGGAAGUCCUUACUACCCUCAGCCGUACUAUGGACAGCCCUCGCCCAAUCCCUAUGCUCCCUACUCCUACUUCGAGCAGCCCCAAGCCAUAAAUGAGGUGGAGAAAGCGGAGGCCGAGGAUGAUCAGGACGAAGACGAGGACUCCUAUGAAGUGGAAGAUGACAACGAAUACGGCUAUGAUAAAAAGUCUAUGAUCUAUUAUAAGAAAAUGUAUGUUAAUUAA